ACGGUUGUUGAAGCAAUCAUUUGGUUUUAAUAAUUCAGUUUGAAUUGUUGUUAAAAUACGUGUAAUCUCAAAAAUCUUACGUAACUUAAAAUUGUGUGAAAUUUUUAGCAAUAAUUCAUUCUGAUUUAAUAAAGUGAAUCAACCAUGGCCAACACCCAAAAUAUUAAUCCAAUUUUAAUAAAACGACUUGAAAAAUUCUUUUUCGAUGAAAACAUCACCAACGUUAAAUACGAACAAUUGGAUUUGAAAAAUUUUUUGGGUGUAAUGUUCAAAGUGAUUGCAAGAAAAAAUGAUAAACAGGACGGUCAGGUAGAUUUAAGUUAUAUUUUUAAAGUUGCCCCAUCAACGGAUGCUUUAAGAAAAUACGCCCAAAUUGAUAAAUUAUUUAAAAAAGAAAUUUUCGUUUACGAAAAACUUCUACCUUUAUAUCAACAGUUAUCUUUAGAACAUAAUAUUUAUGAAGAAUUUGUUAAUAUUCCUAAAAUUUAUUUCACUUGUAAUGAAACCCUUCAAGAAUCACUAUUAAUGGAUAACAUGACAUUGAAAGGAUAUCAAUCUUGGGAUUUUAACAAAAAUCUUGAUCUCCCACACGCAAUUUAUGUCAUGAAAACUUAUGGUAAAUUACAUGCCCUAUCUUACGCUUUGAGAGAAUACAAACCAAACGAGUAUAAAAAAAUUGUUGAAUAUACAAAAGAAAAGUUUAAUGCAAAUAUAAAUAUUGCUGCCAUUAGUAACCAACAAAAAAAAUGUUGUAAAAAAGCUUUUGAAACGUUAAAUCCAACGAAAGAUAGACGAGCCAUACAAUUAUUUAGUAAAUUUAUGGAAAAACCUUUUGAGUAUCAAUUGCAAGCAAUGAAAAUGGGCGCUAUUGGAUCAUAUGCUGUUAUUACUCAUGGAGAUGCAAGUUUAAAGAAUUUCUUAUUCAAAUAUGAUAACCAUGACGAUGCAACAAUUCCAUCAGAUCUUUGCAUAUUAGACUGGCAAUAUUUAAGAUACGGCUCCCCAGCUUUCGACUUAUCACAAUUUAUCUUCAUUUUCACGGAUAAAACUUUCCGCAAAAAUCAUUUACAGCAAUUAUUAAAAGCCUAUCAUUAUUCUUUAUGUAGCCACUUGUCCGAAUUCGGAUUAGAUCCGGAAAAGGUCCUUCCAUUCGACGUCCUCCAAAUGGAGAUGAAACGAUAUUCGAUUUUCGGACUUUGCAUGGCUAUUAUGGUACUUCAUAUUGUUUUGGAGAAGGAAGGUGAUGUUAUUCAACUUCCUACAGGAGCUAAAACUUCUGAUAUUGAUGAUAUAUUCGAUACAAGCGUACGAAAUGAUGAUUAUUAUAAAGGAAGGGUUAGAGACGUUAUAACCGAUUUUGUUGAAUAUGGUUAUUUUGAAUUAGUUAAUUAGAAUUAAGAUUAUAAUUAUAAAUAAAAGUAUUAAGUUAUUGAUGUGUUAAUUUAAUUGAAUAAAUGCCCUAGACCAGCCCAUUUUGGAAAUACCAACUUCUUGAAGGUACUAUCUUAUGAUUCUUCAUGUGUGGUAGUGUAUAAUGUUUUCAUCUCAGCUAUUCUUAGUAAACUCUUGGUUUUGUUUGCGUCGAUUCUUAUGUAUUUGUUUGAGCAAACAAUGUCUCUUAAGACGCCUGAUAUUGCUACUGCCUUAUUAGUUUGUGAUCUUAGGUCUUUAACAAAAUCAUUGUAGCUGGAAAUUUGUAUGCUCAGGUAGACAAACUGCAUGAUCUGCUUGAUGGGAGUGUUUUCAAUUUGAACCUUAUUGGCUCCUUUGCACCAUGCAUUUUUUUAUCAGUAGAGACCAGCAUAUUCAGUUCUUUGCUCCUUUGGUAGAACUUGUAAAGUUGUUUUUGUAGGUCGUCUUCUGAAUUAUUCUACUCACUUCUUUUUCUGGUUCUACAUUAUUUAGUUUCGUUGUAAGUCUAUUUUCAUAAAGAUGUUUUAUGCUUUCCGACGUCAGCGGAAGUAAAAGUAAAGAUAAAUAAAGAAUAAU